AAGACCUACCAGAAUCUCUCUGUGUGGUCUCCAAAAUGGGUCAGAAGAAUCUGGCGCCAAUCCUAGUCUUCGUCCUCGUAUCCUUUGUUUUGGACGCUGUCUCUGCACAGAUAUGUGUAGGUGCAGCGGGAUCUUUCAGACCAAACAGCACUUACGACGUAAACAGAGGCAUCCUCCUCUCUUCUCUUGCCUCCAACGUCACCUCUCAAAACGGCUUCUUCUUCAACGCUUCCAUUGGUCAAGUUCCUGACAGGGUUUUCGCAGUGGGGAUGUGCGUCCCGGACGCUAAACCGGAGCUUUGUUCUGACUGUAUCAGAACCACGUCGGACGAUCUGAUCAAGAACUGUCCGAACAGUACGGAAGCCUACUCUUGGUUAGGUACUGAAACCCUUUGUAUGGUACGUUAUGCCAACCGCUCUUUUCUCGGCUCGGCUGAUCUGAAUCCGGUGCAAGUGAGUUACAACACCGGGGACAUCACAGGGAACUUGACGGAGUUUGACGGAAUAUGGGAAGGAGCCAUGCUUCGUUUAGUAUCUUCAGUGUCAUCAGACCGCAGAUUUUACGCGGUUGACGUAACGCCCUUGACGGAUUUCGUAAAAAUUUACGCGUUAAUGCAAUGCACUCGGGAUAUAUCUCCGGGGGAUUGCAGUAACUGUGUACAACUAGCUGUAGGUAAUUAUCAGACGUGCUGCCGUGGGAAGCAAGGCGGGGUUGUCCGGAGACCGGUCUGCUUUUUCCGGUGGGAUCUGUAUCCAUUCCUUGGAGCUUUUUCCGAUAUUGCAUCGGCUCCUCCGCCUCAACUUACACCACCUUCACCGGACAUGACCAAGAAAGGCGGAAAAGCGAUUUCAACCGGAAUAAUUGUGGCAAUCAUUGUUCCUGCCACCGUAAUCACGACAAUUCUUGCUCUAGGAUUCGUUGUUCUGAGGAGGAGAAAGUUCUACAAGCCAAUGGAGGUUGAAAAUGAUGAUGAUGAUGAUGAUAUCACAACUCCACACUCACUGCAGUUCGACUUUAAGGCCAUCGAAGCAGCAACGAAUAAAUUCUCGACAAGGCUCGGUGAAGGUGGUUUCGGCGAAGUUUACAAGGGCAUGCUUCCAAAUGGAACAGAAGUUGCAGUGAAGAGGCUCUCGAAAACAUCGGGACAAGGUGAACGGGAGUUCAAGAACGAGGUUGUUCUCGUAGCAAAGCUCCAACACAGAAACCUGGUUAGGCUUCUCGGGUUUUGCCUGGAAAGAGAGGAAAAGAUCCUCGUCUACGAGUUUGUGCCCAACAAAAGCCUCGAUUAUUUUCUGUUUGACCAUACGAAUCAUGGCCAACUUGAUUGGACAAGACGGUACAAGAUCAUCGGAGGGAUUGCUCGAGGGGUUGUUUAUCUUCAUCAUGAUUCACGUCUCACAAUCAUACACCGUGAUCUCAAAGCGAGCAACAUUCUCCUUGAUGCUGAUCUGAACGCUAAAAUUGCGGAUUUUGGGAUGGCCAGGAUUUUCGGGACGGAACAAACCGGAGACAAAACGAGCAGGAUAGUUGGAACAUACGGCUACAUGCCUCCUGAGUACGCAAUGCAUGGCAGAUUCUCCAUGAAAUCUGAUGUCUACAGCUUUGGAGUCUUGGUUCUGGAGAUUAUUAGCGGGAAAAUGAACAGCAGCUUCUACGAAACAGACGAUCAUCCAGACAAUCUGGUCACAUAUGUUUGGAGGCUUUGGAGAAGCGGGUCGCCGAUAGAACUAGUGGAUCCGGCCAUCGGAGAGAAUUAUCAAAACGGCGAAGUUAUAAGAUGCAUCCAUAUCGCGCUAUUAUGCGUUCAAGAAAAUCCUGCAGAUCGUCCAACCAUGUCAACGAUCAUCUUGAUGCUUACUAGCAACUCGGUCACUCUCCCAGUUCCGAGACAACCUGGAUUUUUCUUUCAAAGUAGACGGGAUCAGGAUCCAAUAUCAUCUAUGGCUUGUUCUGUCAAUGAUGAAUCCAUUACAGAUUUAGAUCCACGUUGAGGAUAAACACAUUCUGUUUCUUGAUGUAAAGAUGUGUGUUGACAAGAUCGAUGUCAUUGUUUUCA